CCAAAAUUAAUAAUUUAUAAAACUCCUCAAUGAUAUUGAUAGAAAUCGAGAGAACUUCUUUCCCGUAAUUCAUAGUAGCUUCAUUUCGGGUAGCAUCUGUCGCCACGUGAGCGGAACUAAUUAAACACGGAUGAAGCACGGGCUAGUAUAUGGCACUACUCUCACUAGGCACUCCCUGACUCAUGACGUUUUAAAACAUUGGCAAACGCGCGAACUAAGACACGAACUUCACAGACGCGCCUCUAAUUUUGUAUCUUACAAUUGUCCUGAAAUCUACGUAAGCUGAUACACACACAAAAAUAAAAAGCAUUUUCACUAGGAAUAUAGAAAAUGGUGAAAAUAAUCCCGAAGAAAAGGUUAGCCGCACGGGCUCAGGCACAGGCACAGUUGCCCGAACUCGUUCCCAAACGCGCCAAAGUGGAGCAAACCGGGGAUAGGAUAUUCGACCUCGCGUCGGUCCCGAGGUUCGAGGAACAGCCGAGGAGACAAGUCAAUAAUGCUCUUCCCGUGCCCGCCCUCAUGACCGCUCCCGUGAGAAGACGCGGGGCUAGACCUGCGGCUAGAUCCGUACUUAACAAGGAACCGACUCCGCUGCAGUCCCUCAAGAAAAUCUACCCAAAGGCCAUGUACAAGGACGUCAUGAAGCCGCAACAUAAUCCCAGAGCCACCUCGAACAGCGGCAACAGCAACGGCGGCAUACCGCCCGUGUACGUAGUCAGCUUCGCGCGUACGGGCCCGGGCCCGUGGCCGGAGCGCGAGACCGGCGUCGUGGGCACGUACCACAGCGCCGCGGCGGCGAACCUGCAAGUCAUGGCCUUCUUCAACGAGGAGGCUCCCUGGCUGACGCUCGGCAUGGUGGUCGAUUACCGCGGGACCAAGGUUAUCAAGAAGCGGCCCCAUCACGAGGGAGACGGCGUGUCGUACUGGCUCGACGGGGAUAAUUGCCUCCUGCUGUGCGGCGAGGACGAGGAUGGCAGGUACACGGUUUACGCGUGUCGCCAGGAGGUUAGGACGGAUCCGUUCUGUGGCCCAUAUUCGGAGGGGCCGCAACGGUUGGCGGCGGAGGAGUGGGAGGUGCAGGGGCAUGUUACGGAUGGGUUUCGCCGGUUUGUGUGAUUUUGGGUCAGGGGAGAGGGGGGGGAUGGUGGGCUGUGAGAAGUUGCUCGUAGAAAGGAAGGGACUGCGUGUCUUGAGCCGUGGGGUAAUUAGAUUGGUCGCUUCACAGAAAUUCGGGUUUUCUAUGGGUGUAUAGGUGGACUGGUUGAUAUUCGUUCUUGUAGGAUGUUGCAAAGGCGUGUAUUAAGGCGUAUCGUUUGAUUAUCGAGGCAAUUUUGAUGUUCUAAACACCUUGUGGCUGGUUCCAUACAACGUUGCUGUGGUUCAUAAUCUGGUACGUCGAAUAGUCGUAGGCUUUUCCAUGUUAGGUUUAAGCGUUUUAUGGAUUUGCUAUCAAAGUCUUAAUCGAGAGGUUAUCUAAAAGUCAGAGGCAUUCUGGCUUGGCUACCUACCAGUUAGGGGCUGUUAUAGAGGAGAGGUUAGUAGCGAC